CUACCCAGAAAAUUGUUAGCUUUUUAGAACGGAUAGGAAACAAUAUUACUCUCGAAAAAACGAAAAAGCAUCGGUGGUUGAAUCAACCGUUCUCCUCCCUGUCGCACCAGACAAAGUGGUUGUAAUUGAGCCACUCGGCAGCAAUGGCUGUUCACCUAUCAGGUGUAUUUUUCAGUAAAGCUUCAAUUUCACCACCUAUUUUUCAACAUCGAAGGAGACCACCAUUAACGGUGGUUGCAGCCGCCUCUGCCGCGCCUCCUCCUUCACUCCCACCCACUAUUCAGACUGUUGGUGGGAAAAGUGCAAGUUGGUAUGGAAAUAGUGACAUGAAUUCUAGUAAUUCAAUGGUCUCUUUUGAAGAGGAGUAUGAUUGGGCUGAUCUUGAGACCGAUCUUUACCACUGGACAAAAUCAUUGCGUCCUGUUCAGUGGUACCCAGGCCAUAUUGGAAAAACAGAAAGAGAACUCAAAGAACAGCUCAAGUUGAUGGAUGUUGUCAUAGAAGUAAGAGAUGGUAGGAUCCCAAUGUCCACAAGCCACCCUCUGAUGGAUUCAUGGCUGGGUAAUAGAAAAAGAAUCUUGGUAUUGAACAGAGAAGACAUGAUAUCAACUGCUGACCGGAAUGCUUGGGCAGAUUAUUAUGGCAGACAAGGAAUAAAAGUUGUCUUCUCCAAUGGACAGCUUGGAAUGGGAAGCAUGAAGUUAGGAAGAUUAGCAAAGUCAGUAGCUGCAGAGGUGAAUAUGAAACGUAGAGCAAGAGGGCUGCUUCCUCGUGCAGUUCGAGCUGGAAUAGUUGGUUACCCAAAUGUUGGAAAGUCUUCUUUGAUCAAUCGUCUACUGAAGCGUCGUAUGUGCCCAGCUGCUCCAAGACCAGGUGUAACACGAUCAUUAAAAUGGGUUCGUUUUGGAAGUGAUCUAGAGUUGUUGGAUUCUCCUGGAAUAAUCCCAAUGAGGAUGAGUGAUCAAUCAGCAGCUAUAAAGCUUGCUAUUUGUGAUGACAUUGGGGAAAAAUCGUAUGAUUUUACAGAUGUUGCGGGUGUUCUUGUACAAAUGCUCUCGAAGCUUCCGGAAGCAAAUAACAAUGUUCUUUGGGAGCGUUACAAGAUUGACACAGAUGGUCGAUGUGGUAGAACAUUUGUCCACAAACUUGCAAUCGAGUUGUUCAAUGGAGAUGAGCAUCAAGCGGCCUUUCGGAUCUUGUCAGACUUUAGAAAAGGGCGAUUAGGGAAGAAGAUAUGA